UUUAGAAGUGCUAGAAAACUACCAACUAUAUGUAUAUCAUUUUUUGAAGAGCCGAUUUAUUUUACAGAAUUCUAUUUUUAUGAUCAAGUCUGGUUUUAGUUAAUGAAAAGCACAUCUUUUAUAAUAAUUAUCAUUAUUUACAUAUUAAAUAAAUAAAGUACAAACUAAAGUAGAAAAGUUUUCACAAUCUAAAACUACCUUUUAGACAUACGGGAAUAAUGGCAAAAUUUAUAUUCACAUGGCAUAAUAUUAAUUAUUCUGUAGAAGAGAGAUGUGGAUCUUUCCUAAAUGGGAGUAAAAAACGAAAAAUAUUAAUUGAUGACGUUUCAGGAUGUGCAUUUUCUGGCUCGGUAAUAGCCAUAAUUGGAGGAAGUGGAUGUGGAAAAACAGCUCUUCUUACGCUCCUUUCAGGACAAAGAAAAGGUCGAGGUGUACUAAAAAUUAACGGAAGAAUUAUAACUGGGAAGAUGUUGAGAAGUAACUCAACAUAUUUACAACAAUCUGAUGUAUUUUUUGAAAACCUGACUGUUGAGGAACAUAUUACAUUCAAGGCAGCAAUGUCUUUGAACAAGACCAAGACAGAACGUGAAUUAAUUAUAAGUUUAUUGUUAAAAAAUCUUAGUUUGGGGCAUCUAACCUACGUCAAAAUUAAAAAUUUAUCUAGCGGAGAAAAAAGAAGGCUGUCCUUAUUAUCGUGUUUAUUUUCAGAUCCGUAUAUUCUAUUUUGUGAUGAACCUAUUUCUGGUCUAGAUAGCUUUAGCGCUACAACUAUUGUUAAAAUAUUGAUAGAGGUUGCGAGUUCAGGAAAAAUAGUGUUUAUGACAGUUCAUCAACCAUCAUCUGAAGUAUUCGAGUUAUUUAAUAAUAUUAUCAUGUUAUCACCGAAUGGUAAAAUCGUUUUUGAAGGAUCUAAGGAUAAUGCAAAGACAUUUUUUGAAAGCCAAUUACUAUUUUGUCCAUCGUCAUAUAACCCAGCGGAUUUUUAUUUAAAUCAUAUAAUAAUUAAAACACCAAACGAUGAAAGGAAAAUCGAGGAUCUAGUUAAACAAUUCAAAGAGGAUUACAGUUUAAAAUUUGAUUUUCCAGAAAACGGAUAUCAUGGGCUUUUGCUUAAAUACAAAGAAAAGGAAAAUGGAUUUCUCCAUGAACUUAAGUGGUUAUCUUGGAGAGUGUUCGUAAAUUUGGGUAGAAAUACAGAAGAACAUUAUUUUUCAUUCAUUUUGACAGUGAUUACUGCCUCAAUACUGGGUAUUGUAUACUCAAAUGUCACAUUAGCAGAAACAAGUGCAGUGCAAAGUAUUCAAGGUGUCCUUUUACUUAUAGUAUCAGAAUUAAUAUUUAUUCAAAUGUAUCAGGCUAUUUAUACCUUUCCAGAAGAAGUUAACAUAUUUGUACAAGAAAAGGAAUUAUAUUCUCCAUUACCUUAUUUUUUAUCUAAAACUGUAUCAUUAAUUCCAUUUGCAUUAGUGCACUCUCUGGUAUUUUUAAUAAUCUAUUUUACAUGUCUUCCAUUUCUGACCACAAGUAAAUUAUUGCUGGAAAUGUAUUUGAUACUAUUUCUAACUUCUGUAUGUGGCAGCUCUUUGGGAUUAUGCUUAUCUGCACUUUUUCCUACCUUAGAAUAUAUCAAUCUUUUUAUAGUACCGUUUGAAAUUCUUUGUUUGGUACUUUCUGGAUUAUGGAUCAGAAUUCAUACUCUAUCUAAGGCUUUUUCCAUCGUAAAAUACAUAUCUCCUUUUUAUGUGACAUAUGAGUCAAUAUGUAUAGUCUACUGGUUAGACGUGGGCCAUAUAACAAACUGUAGUGAGAUCGACACUACCACUUGCUUUGAAAAUGGGACAGAUGUACUAGGAAAUUAUGAUUUUGGACAAACAUAUGAAAGAGUUAGCAACAACUUAAUCUUCCUAAUUAUUCUUAUUAUAGCUUAUUGCUACAUAGGAUAUAUUGGAAUACUAAGAAAAAGAGCCUUAUAUCAUAUAUAGAAUGAAAUAAUAUAUUUUUUGUUAAUAA